GUUGAAAUCAGUUGUACCACAUGCUUGUUUGGGGGGAUGAUCGGAGAGGAAGUCCUGUGCUUGGUUACUAAACAUCCAGCUACAUCAGAUGUUAACUCAGCAGUCUCAGAAACACACAGAGGCCAUGGCCCCGGGAUGAUAACCCUGAUUCUGUCUGUCUAAUCAUCAAAACGAAACAGUGAGCCAUUUUGAGGUUAAGGAACCAAAACCACAGAAAAGGAAACAGCUCAUUUCGACAUUCCUCUACUGCCAGCAGAAGUUGUUUUUGUGAGCAGAUCAAGGACGGCAUCAUAUGAUGUGGGAAGAUUUCAAAGCUGGAAGAACUGCGCUUUGGUUUAGUUUCAUCUAGCAGGUGAACUGAUCCUUCGGUGGAUUCCGAUUUGUAAAAUGAGUUCAUUGGGCAGCAGACACCUUCCUUUGUGUAGCAGUCUUCUCCUUUGUCUGCUCCUGGGUUGUGUGUCUGCAGAGGGCAUCAUAACCACAGUGGGAGCAGAUGUGACUUUAUUAUGCAACUAUGAUGCUAAGUACUACGGCAGGCUCCCAGUGUGCUGGGGCCGAGGAGCCAUCCCCAAUAGUGGAUGUGCCAAUGAGGUGAUCAAGGCAGAUGGGACAUCGGUGAUCAGCAGACAGUCAGAGCGCUACGUGCUCAUGGGGGAUUUUGGCAAGGGCGAUGUGUCGCUGACCAUCAGGCAGCUUGAAGAGAGCGACUCUGGGAUAUACGGCUGCCGCGUGGACAUACCGGGCUGGUUCAACGAUCACAAACACCAGCUCACCCUGACCGUAGUGGCAGUGCGCCCUAACCCCCUCAAGGUGGAGAUCAGAGAGGUGAAGGAAAGAACUGUCACUGUCCGCUGGACUCCCGUGUUUGACGGUGGCAGGCCGAUCACAUCCUACAGCGUUGAUCUCAAAAACAAACAGGCAUCCUGGGAUACUGCAGAAAGGACUGAGCUCUCAAAUCCUGAGCUGACCCAGGUGACCCUGAUGGAUUUGCGUCCGGCCAAGACCUACAACCUCCGCAUGUUUGUUGCCAACAGCGUGGGCAUGAGCGAGGCCAGCAACGUCCUGACUCUCACAGCAAAGGAAGCAGCACCUGAGGGUCCUCCCCUGGACAUGCAGCUGGAGGCCUUCACUUCUCACAGCAUCAAAGUGACCUGGAAGCCUCCGAGGGCUGAUCUCAGAAACGGCGUGCUGCGAAGUUACAGCAUCAGCUACAGAGGGUACGACCCUGCAGGCAAACAGUUCAAAAAGUGGCAGCACCAGACAGUGACAGCCACACGGGAGCUGGAGAGCGUCAUCCUGAGCAACCUGAAGCCUUCAACCAAGUACGGCGUGCUCAUUCAGGCCAAAACCAAUGCGGGAGCUGGACCUGCCUCAACUGCACCUUUCUGCUCCACUCUGGAUGAGGUUCACACAACUUCAGAGGUUGCAACUAUUACGCCCUCUUCCACUGCUGCCACAAUGCAAGGCACUUCAAGUUUUACUUCAGCAGUCGAGUCUGUUACUGCAAACACAGUCUGGACCCAAAGCACGACAAGUAUCGCUUCAGUGCCCCCUGAUCCCCCAGUAGUUGGGUUGAAGGAGGUCAUAGACAAUUCAAUUUCCCUUUUUUGGACUCCCGGCUUUGAAGGCGACAGCCCCAUUACGGGCUAUUACUUGGAGUAUAAAGCAGUGAAUGCAUCAUGGGAUUACACAAAGGCAGUUGUAGACUUCAGCCCCAACCAGACAGAGGCCACAAUCAUAGAGACAAAUCCCUCAACCUACAACAUCCGCAUGUUCGCUAAGAACAGUCUGGGCAACAGUAAACCCAGCAACGUCCUCACCAUCACUACUGGAAGAACAGCUCCUCAGAGGGAAGACCUUGUUACCCCCGUGUCGGCCACAACAGCAUCAGCUGACACUCAUGCUGCUGCGGUCGCCAAAGGGAGCCACAAUGGUCACCUUGUCGGCAUUGUGAUGCCAGUGGUUCUGGUGGUGUUGAUUGUUGCCAUAGCAGCCACGUGGCAACUUCGACGGAUCAGACAGAAACAAGGAGAUCUGAGCAUGUGGCUGGCCAAUGGAGCUCUACGUUACAGAGGCUCUGAGUCACUACAGGAGCUAUAAAACUCAGACAUACUAACACUUUAUAUUUUAGCCUAUUUCAUCACAAUACUCAAAUGAAAGUUUUUUUUCUAAUGUUGUGGACGAAAGAAUCCAGAUUUGGUAUGACUUCUUCCUGUAUGUUGAUUCAAAUAACAAAAAAAAAGAAUCAUAUAUGCUAUAAACGUUUUUUUUCUCAUAAAUAUGUGACAAAAUGGUACCGAAUGUUUGCUAUUUUCUUUUAUGGUAAUAAACUUCCAGUGUUUGGUCA